UCCAUAUCACUGGAAAAACCCAAAGAAUUCAUUAGAAACAAAUAAAUCCCCAUGCAAGUUGUCGCCUUUACUUCAUGCCCAUUUUUGGGGGCUUUUUAAAACUGAUACAGCAAAAUAAACUUUGGGAAUUUAUUCCUUGAUAGUCAAAGUGCAGGAAUUGAAGCUAAAAACCUAAGAAUUAUGCGAAUUACCUGAGAAAAUAGGAAUUUGCCGGUUCAAAACAAUAACACUACACUCGUCUCGACAUCUGCGUGGCAGUUUUGGGAUAUUUUUUCUCUAGUACUUGGGAUAUUCCGCUAGGGGCGCCACUGCUGAAAUUUUCCCCCGCAAUUUGUAAGGUUAUAUACACUUCCGGGAUUCUCGUACUGUGUCCUUCGAGAAAAUCUUCAAAAUUUUAAGAAGAAUUAUUUAUUUUAUCGCAAAAUUUCUGUGGAAUAUUCACAAAUUGUCUUUCAUCGCCAUUGGGAGAUUACUAUUUGCUUUUUGUUGGAUCGUAUUGCAGGAAAUUCAAAAAUUGCUGAUCAUUGCACUUUUUCAUCUUACCAUUUCGCGAUAAAAUUCCAAGUAUAAAAAUGCCGAAGAAGCUUCAACCAUUCUAUUUCUUCAUGCUGGAAGUGCAGAAGAAAAAUGCCGAUCUUGGGAAGAAGUAUUCACUGCGGGAAAUGCCUGAGAUUGCAUCACCAUUGUGGGAAGGCAUGACAAAAGAAGAGAAGAAGCCAUAUGAGGAGAUGGCAAGUCGAGAGGGUGGUCAGGAGAAAAGCUUCAGCACCGGAAUUAAAACCAGCCAUGGAGUGGAUUAUUCGGAGAUUGAGAAGGAGCAAAAGGCAGCUGCCAUGGAGGAGAAACUAAUGAAGGAAGAUGUAAAACAAAUCAUUAAAAAUGCCAUUCUAGCACAAAAUCUCACCAAGAAGAAUUUCUUCCUGCUCCACAUUAAUUAUUUCUGCGAGUCCAAGGAUGCAAGUGGAGAGCUAAGGUAUGAUGCUGCAGAAUUGGCAAUUCUGGAAUUUAGUCUGCAGAAUGGCAUUGGCAGGGGCAUGCAUACCCUCAUGUGCCUCCCGGAACUCCCCUAUGGAUACUAUUUCGAAGCCAAACGGCACAGCAGUGACACGCAUGAUCUUCCACUGCCCCCGGACACCGUGGGUAAAACCACCAUCAGGGAUGCCAUAAUUGAGGCCAUUAAAUUUGUCAAUUGCAACGAUGAAGAUGUCUGCUCGCCCAUCUUCACCAUUGACAAUCAUAUUCCUGUCGUACGAUCUGUUAUCAACGAAGUCCUCAGUUCUCGCACACUUGGUCCUCCAAUUGACUUGCGUGUUCACUCUCUCUCAGAACUGCUGUUCCAUCUCAAGAACGCCACUCAUGAUCAAGCCAUUUCAGACAUCGCGCCACCGUUUGCUUCUGUUUUCCUGGCUGAGACCUAUCUCAAUCGCGGAACUUUUGACUACGCUGAAGGAUUGGCCUGUGAAUACCAUGAAGCCAAGGACCGAGUGUCCCACUGCUCACAGACCAAGGUCCGAGGAUGGGCAUAUUCCAUCAUCAAGAGCUGUGGCCCGGAUUUGGGAAUUGAAUUAAUUUCCGGGAAGCAUGAACCACUGGCCGCUUUGGCUUUUGAAUCUCUGAAGAUUGCUGAUGACGAGUCCUUUUUCACGGCUGCGGAUCUCGAAUCGACUAUCACCGAGUCUCAUGCCUCCAUCAGCAAUCUCUUGAGCCCCUCGACUUCAAAGUCCAACACAUCUGCCUUCCCCAGGCUUUCUGAAUUCAAACGUGGAAAGGGACGAGGAAACUUGCUGUAAGUUCUUUUCGAAGAUCUUAAAUUUUCUUAAUUUCAUUUUAUUUCUGCUAAAACUUACGCUUUUAUAGAAAGCAAGUUAAGUUCAUUUUUGUUUUUUAAAGCUUGAAGUCUAUUUUGCAUUUCACAAAAACAUCAAAUGAAGUUUUAUAAAACGAAUGUUUCCUUUUUAUUCAUGUCAUUUAUGUUGAAGUUAGUUCAAACAAACUGAAAUAAAAAGUUUUUCUGCA